GACCUACUUUGGACCACUGUGUGCGUGAAUCAGAACAUGUUGUUUGCACGGGAGGCAGACAUACCGAAUCUUGCUUGAAAUGAGGAUUGCUGAAGUUGCCACACAAAAUGAUAAGACAAUAACCUAAAAUAAAAAUAAAAUCAUUUCCAAUUAAGAAGUGAAAUUCAACACUGGCUGUGGAGACAACUGCCUCUUCCGACCCCUUCCGCCCCCCUCUCCCUCCAAUCGCCAUUUUGGAUUUGGAGUAGCUUUACUUUGGCGUGUUACCUUCCUCGGGCACGCGAGCGGCUUUCACUUGUCUCAUGGGCGGCGCUGGCAUAACCGUUGCGGACGACGUCAAUUCGCAAAAGUCUGCAUGACUCGCGUCCCUUUUGUCAUCGCGUCCACCCUUCUUCCGUCGGCCCUCUGCGGAAAUCCGAGCGGCGGCGAUAGCUGCGAGCUACCUAGCUUGUGCGCUAGCCGCCGAACAGAGCAUCGGCGCCGGCUUCUUGAACAGAGGAAGUAGCCGCGGGCCCGCCACCUUUGUCUUUCGUCGCUCACAGACGGCGCUUUCAUCGGACGACCUGGCUCGUCACCCGGAGAGAUGUAUCAAAUCCCCGUGAACGACUUGACAAAACUGAGGAAAGCCAGGAAAAGGGUGAAGAUCGCACUUAAAGACAUUGGGCUGGAGUACUGCAAGGAGGCGGCAAAGGAGUUUAAGGAUUUUAAUCCCGGCGAGAAUGUUUUCAACGAGACGGCGUACACCGAUAUAUGUGUCUGGCAUCCGUCGUACUCCAAAACGCAGAACUAUCGGUCGAGGCCUUACUGCUGCAGAGAAUGUCAGUUUUCAUCGGCGACCUACGCGGGUUACAAGAAUCACUUCCGCCACGCGCACAAGAGAUUGAUCCAGGACAAAGUUCUUCUCAACUGUUCUCACUGCACAUUCGUCGGCAACAAGCGAACCUUGGAGAUCCACGUGGGGGUGUUUCACAAGGACAAAUUGGAGCAGGAGAUAUGCAGGAUCAAACAGAGACAAGCGGCGGCCAACAAGUGCGGGCCGGGCGCGAGCAGGUCCUUGUACUUUUGCAAAAAGUGCACCUACCGCGACAGUCUCUACAAUUCGGUGAGAAAGCACAUCUACCGGGAGCACUUUAAGCACGUGGCGGCGCCGUACCUGCGCAUGAUUCCCAAGUCGUCGCUGCCCAACGGCGGCGCGUCUUUCAACGGCGACAACAUCCUGUGUAAACGCUGCAAGUUCACCACCAAGACCUACGAGUCGCUGGUGCAGCACGUCAUCGAAUACCACGAGCGCGCCGGCGCGCAGGUCACCGCCGCCAUUGGGCACGCCAACGUCACCGUUUCCAACUUGCCCAGCAUGUCGCAGAAGUCGUCCAUGAUCCUCAACGGGGGGUCCUCGCCGGCGGUCGGCGCCAGAGCGCAGCCGGUCAUCGGCUACUUGAAGCCCUCGGCCCCCGCGUUGAAAAGCUGGCCCUCGGGGGCGGGCGCGGCGGCGGUGGCGGCGGCUGCGGACGUCAACACUUCCCAGACGCAAAAGUGGAAGAUCUGCACGGUGUGCAACGAGCUCUUUCCCGAGACCCUGUACAGUGCCCACUUUGAAAGCGCGCACAAGGCCAGGAUCGUGUGGGCCAUGGCCAAGUACAUCAUGAAGAUCCACAACUUCACCAGCAAGUGUUUGCUGUGCAACCGCUACCUGCCCAGCGACACUCUGCUCAACCACCUGCUGGUGCACGGCAUCACUUGUCCGCAGUGCCACUCGGCUUUCCACGGCGUGGAGAAGCUCCUGGAGCACGAGCGCCUGGCCCACCUCAAGGCUUUCGUGGGACCGCCCGGCUCGGCGCAGCUCACCUUCGAUCUGGCCAUCAAACAAAACGUCCAGCUUCACGUUCUCACCUUCAACAUGAACGAGUCGGAGGGCAAGGACAAGGGCGGGGGCCCCCCGGGCAAGGCGCCGCCUUCCCUGGGCGCGCUCCCGGACGCGCCGGAGAGCGCGGCCGGGGACGCGGCCGACGGCGGCAGGGCGCCGUGCCCGCUGUGUUGCGCGCCGGUGAAAGAGGCGGCGCCCGACGCUCUGGCCCUCCACCUGAGGCAGCGACAUCAGGUGCUGCGGACGAUGCACCCCGUGGAGAAGAAGAUGACCUACAAGUGCAUCCAUUGCCUGGGCGUCUACACCAGCAACAUGGUGGCUUCCACCAUCACGCUGCAUCUGGUCCAGUGCAGAGCGGUGGGAAGGAAGCAAGCCGCCCUGGGCGCCAAGUCGCCCUCGGGCCCCGACUCGUCCGGGGCGCCGGCGGCCGCCUACGCCAAGAAGAUCAAGCUGAGCGCCGAGGCGGCCGGCGGAAGGGAAGCCGAUGGCAAAAACAACCGGCGGCAGACCUUCGAAGCGCGUCAAAAGUUCCUGCGCUCUUACUUCAAUCGGCGGCCGUACCUCUCGCCCGCCGAAGAGAAGAAACUGUCGGCCAGCCUGUGGAUGUGGAAGUCUCACAUCUGCAAGCACUUUGCCGCCAUGCAGAAGGAAUGCAAAAGCCGAUGCCAGAAGUCCAACGCGUCCGUGCUGCUGGGCUUUGACAUGCAGGCCCUCCAGAAAGUCCGACACCGCGUCCGCUUUCAGGCCGCGCCGCGCGACCAAACGGCUCCGGCGGGGAGGCCCGGCCGACUCAAGGCCGGCAUUCCCAACGUGGCCCGAAGCGCUCGCCGCGCGUCCUCCGCACCGAAGAACGCGUGCGCCGAGCCCAUCCUCAUCGACUCGGACAGCGAGCCGGAAAUCGUCAAGACCAACGGCGACUUGCAGGGGAAGCCAACGCAAACGUCGGACGAGUCGCGAGCCGACUUGACGCCCGCGGCGGACCGGCGGCGAGGUGACGCGGCGGAGCGGCCGCCGCUCGACUCGACGGAGGCGGAAGAGAAGCCGCCGCCGGCAGACGAGGAGGCGGCCGACGCGCGCGAGUCUUUGAGCGCCGCUAAAAGAUGUUUGCCGGAUGAAAAUACGAAGCCGUGAUACUUUGUGCCUUGUUGGCGUCGUCCGAGGGAUCUUUGCGUUGUCGCCCGAUGAAACGCGCGGCCCUCCCAAUGUGGUCAUUGCUCUUCUUAUAUUUAAUAAGAAAUUUUUUUGUCUUCUGUUUUUGUUUGUUUUUUUUUCAAUGGAGAUUCCCACUUUUAGUUGGACAACGAUGCAAAGAAACCUUGUUCCAGGGUUUCAUUGUACUGGAUCUACUUUAUGUUCUUUAUCCCCCCCCUCCACCCCCACCUUAGAACGUGUCCGCCGAUAAACUAGACGUGGUCUCAUUUCUCAGAGCUAUAUAUAUUUUUGAUCGACGGUAUUAAACCUGUAUUGGAUUGCCAAUAUUCAUUUGGAAAAUGUAUAGCAAUUGCUUAUGUUACACAUUUUCAAUAAAACAUUUCUAAAUAAAGGAAA